UUGCGCUGCGCCCUCUUUGGCUCUCUGCCUUGGCAACUCACGUUAGCUAGCAAGUUAGCUAGAUAGUCUAUGCGCAACGUUGCCGCGAUGUAAGGCCGCGGACAAAUAUGCACACACAUGAUUUAACUGUUAGAGAUUUUUAUCCGAUUUUGACCUUAAUUUAAUACUGUGAAGCGGGACGAUUUCGGCGUGUGUAGCUAAGACAAUGUUAAAGUGUGGACCCGGACGCUCUCCCUCCGGAUUGGCUAGCCCGAACUAGUAACGUUAGCUAGGUUUCCAAGACGGGGACUAAAGUCUCAGCUUGCCACAUACCAGCCACACACAGUGAAAAUGUAGACGUGAAUGGUAGUCACGUCGCUUGCUGUCGUUAGCCAGCCAUAACUCCGGAUGAGUUACAUUUUACAGAUCACUGACAGAAACCAGAUAGAGUGGAAGUGAGGAAGCCAACCAGACCUCGCCACCAUGUUGGAGGAGGACAUGGAAGUGGCCAUCAAGGUGGUCGUGGUGGGCAAUGGAGCUGUUGGCAAGUCAAGUAUGAUCCAACGUUACUGCAAGGGCAUCUUCACCAAGGAUUACAAAAAGACCAUAGGAGUGGACUUUCUGGAAAGACAGAUAGUUGUAAAUGACGAAGAGGUGAGAUUGAUGCUGUGGGACACCGCUGGCCAGGAGGAGUUUGAUGCCAUUACCAAGGCCUACUACCGUGGUGCUCAAGCGUGUGUACUAGUCUUCUCUACCACAGACAGGGAGUCUUUCCAGGCUAUUGGCAGCUGGAGGGAGAAGGUGGAGACGGAGGUCGGAGAUAUCCCCACUGUUCUCGUACAGAACAAAAUCGACCUCCUGGAUGAGACUGUUAUAAAAAACGAGGAGGCAGAGGCCUUGGCUAAAAGGCUGAAGUUGAGAUUUUACCGGGCCUCUGUAAAAGAGGACCUCAAUGUCAAUGAAGUUUUCAAAUACUUAGCGGAGAAGUAUCUUCAGCGACUCAAACAGAAAACAGCGGAGGAGCCAGAGGUGGUCCACACAACAAGCAAUAAAAUAGGUGUUUUCAAUACCACAAGUAGUAACGUCUGCAACCAGAGCUCCAGCAACGGCCGAGAAGUCAUCACUUUGCGACCUAACAAACAAAGGACCAAGAAGAGUAAAAAUCCCUUUGGAAGCUGCAGCUUAGUGUAGAUCGAAUCAUUUGAAUUUAGUGCCUGCCUGGGGAACGGUUUUCAACUCUAGACUGGUCAUUGUUGUAUGCUACAGAUGGAGCCACAUUCAGAGACCAAAGCCUGCAAAGAGUGGGAAAUAACUGAUUUGAUAACCUUACAUUUAAUCUACAAUUAUAUGUUUUCCCCUAUCUAGAUAGUCGAAUAUCAUUUAAUUCAGCCUUCCCAUCAACAUUGUGUGCACAGUACUACAUUUGGAAGGUCUUGGGUCCAUGUUGUGGUUACUGUAGUUAAUACAAUCGAAUGAAUUAAAAGAAAAGAAAAUGGAAUUCACAAGUUAUUCCUAUGAAUUUUGAACAGUUUAAUCAGUUUGCUAAUAUGAAUAGCUUUCAGGCUGUGUUAUCAUCAAGAACUAGCACUAGGUGCUGCUGCAGGGGUGGUGAUUUAGGGAUUUACCUUGUGGACUGAAUGUUUGUCCUUGCUUUGGGAGACUCAAAUCAUACCAAAUUGCCUCAUAUUGUAGGAAUAACAUGUGAAUUGUGUUUGAUGGCCCAGUCCUCCUUUUGGGGCUAAGAUUAUUGCAUAAAACUGACAGUAUGAAUUGGUAUACAAUCAUCUCAACAAAUUAUGUAACAGGAAAGGUUGCACUCUUGCUCACUGAAAACAUUUUUUCAUGUACAUGAUUUUUACAGCCGCCCAUUCCUGUGUUUGACUUUUCACCUGUGCAAUAUGUUUGUAUGUAUUGUAGGAGAUACACAGAUUAUUUUGUACCAUAUUUUUCUAACUGUCCACAGAAUAUGGUUCAAUAUAUACUGUUUAUCAUAGACGGAACACUAUGGAAUUGUUAGUUAAUUCUUUGUGCAAAAGUAUUUUUAUACAAAUCAUGACAGUGUUGAGUGAUGUGUUUCCUGGUGUGUUGUGUAACACCUUAAAGUUGACAGUGCCAAAUUUCAUCAUUCUGUCAUUUAGUAAAAUAUUAAGGCUGCAGUUACUGGAUGUAAGAUGAAACUGAUAGAAUGUACUAUAUGUAAGAAUAACCAAAUAUCAAUAACUAUUGGCACAAAAUAGCCUCCUAUAUGUCUGCUUACACUCCACUUAUUUACCAAUUUGUUAACCAAAUGAUAGAAGAGCUUUGUUUGAUAUAGAUCAUGAGUUAAAUUAAUGAUGCUCACUGAAUUUGCUCUGCUUAUAGUACCUCACAUUACAAUCAGCUAUAGUACUAUAUUUUGAAUUGCAACUGUUUACAUUUUACUUUUAACUGCUUUUCCUCCACCAGUACUUGGAAACAUUGUUUAGUCUGAGAAUAGAUGUAUUGUUUCAGACAGACUGAGUAUACUUGUGAUAUCAAACGCUCAACAAGGUCAAACAUUUUAUUCAGUUAAUGAUUUAUUACUUUUUCGGUAUUUUAUAGUCUUUGAAAGUCUUUCUGAUCUGUUGGGUUUGGGAGAAGCGGUGGGAACUGGUGACUGAAAAUGCUACAAGCUCAUAGGCUCGAUAGUGUCCAUCGUUGUGACGGGCAAAACACUAAACUCCCUCCUUUUCUAAGGUGCACUGCAGUGCUGAGCAUCAGCACUAUAUCUUCUGCUGUUGAAAUGCUUGUGUGUCUGGAUAUGCAACCAAACAGAGUUUCUUAUUACACUUUGUGGUAGGGUACUCAUAUGUUUCUCAAACAUAUGCUCAUUCCUCAUCAGAGCUAGCUGUGUACGGUACAUCACGCCUUGUCUGCACCCUGUCUGGUACUUUGUGUCCUAUAAACACUACAUUCCUAAUUUCAUUAUCACCUCAACUGAAUCUUACCAGUCUACCAAGCACAAUGGAGUAUAAGGUGAUGUGGGAGAGUCGUUGACUAAAUAGUCUGUUUAUAAUUAUUGGAUUUGUUUUAUUAGUAGGUGCAAUUAAGUGUUCUAACUUAAAUUGAGAAUACAUGUGCAUGUGUGUUUCAUCUCCUGAGAAGGUUUUGCAUCUGUAUUUCAGUCCUACUAUAGAAAUAUUUCCUUGUUUCAAAUGAAAUGCAUUCCCAGUGAGUUGACAGGGGUGAGGUUUCACUGUAUUGAAUUCAGACUUGGUUUCUUUUAUUAUUUUUCAAUUCAUGGCCUAUUGUGGAAAUCCCAACAGGUGCUUCAAAUGUGUGUUCUACAGUUAUACCAUUGGUCGUGACAUUGUUUUCAUAUUUCAAGCAUUCUUCAUCUGUUGUACGUAGGCAGUGUUGCAGUGCUGUUUUGAAAAAAAAAAUGGUAUAAUUUUAUUGCAUGCAAGUCUUUUGUUGUUUUUUUUCCACAUCAGUGAAUGUUGAACCACAGUUACAAUGCCACAAUGCCUUGUCCUUGUUUACAUUCUUAUGCAUCUAGCAACAAAAAGCGUUAUAAUCCCUCUUGCUGUGUUUGAAAUGCUUGUAUAGUAAAUAUUGUAAAUUAAUCUUUAUUUCUCAAGCUUUCUCUGAUGUGUAACGAUGUGUUGACUUUGCCUUUUUUGCUUUUUGUUUGAAUGGUUUUAGCGCACUUUAUCAAUAAGAUGAUAUACAUAGUCUCCUCAAAAUACCAUAUAUUUAACACAUGAAACUAACUAUACUGAAGUGCUGUCACUCAGGUGUUGUAAAAAAAAAAAAAAAAAAGUGUGUCCUCUUGUUACUGUACUGUUUCACCGAUGCCUUCAUAAACCAUUUCGACACGUUCAUCUAGAACACCCAGAUACGUUUCCAGUCAUGACAUCUUUGAUGAAAAAUGUAAAAAAAAAAAAAAAAAAAAAAACUACAGUCUUAGUUGAAUUUUUGUUUUUAACAGUUACAAAUGUAUCUCAACUUCAAGGUGUGCUACACAGCUGUACACCUGAUGAUUCAAAUUUGAUGGUAAUCUGACAUAAAUAAAACUUUACUUUUUUCUCAA